AUGAGUCCGACGGCAGCUUGUGUGGAUACCACGCAAUGGAGUGCUGAAGAUAAGAAGAAACUGCUCGGUGCAGUGUUGGAGAUGGGAGGCAACAACAAUACCAAGUCCUUCAAGACUGUGGAGUCAUCGAUAACAUGGGAAAACAUCAAAGUGGAAGGGAAGUCAGCAGAAGAGUGUAAGGCGAUGUAUCAGAAGUUGAUCAGCAAAGUGAGAAAGUACAGAACAAUGCAAGAAAUCAUCGCUGACGCUGUUGCAUUUGUAGAAGGGCCAGGAAGAUUAAGUGAGUAUCCAGAUGUGCCCAAGAAACCCCCAACAGCCUUCAGUUUGUUUGUCAUGAAACGAUCGAAGAAGUUUCCAGAUGUCAAAGGCACCGAUCGAAUGAAAGUGUUUGCCAAUGACUGGAACGAGCUGUCCGAAGAAAAGAAGGAAACGUACAAAAAGAAAUACUUAAAGCUAAAGAAGAAAUAUGAAGAGGAACUUGAAAUAUUCAGACAGAACCACCCAGAUUGUCUGCUGCCAGGGAUAGUUUCUAACAGUCGUCCAAACCCACCAUUGCCAUCAAAACUCUAUGUGGAGUCUCGGAUUGAGAAGAUUAAAAGCAAAAAACCUGAGCUGAGCAAUGCAGAGGCUGUGAAAAUACUAAUGAAUAAGUAUAAAGAGCUGCCAGAUAAGAAGAAACUCAAGUGGAUAAAAAAGGCGAUGAGCUGCCGACAGACAUACCAGGAUCAAGUUGAUGUGUAUUUGUCGCAUAAUCCCAAGUCGUCAACGAAACCAGCGCUACUUCAUUUGUCAAAGGAGGAGGAAAGAAUUUGGCACUCAUCAAAGGGCAAACCUGUGCCUGCACCUCCAAAGAAUGUUUUCAGUUAUUUCUGCAAUGCUAAGAGGGAUACAGUGCACCACCUUGGUAUAUCCGAACAGAGUCGAACGCUGGCAUCUUUGUACCACAAACUCACUGAGAAAGAGGUUAAAGACCUUACAGAGGCUUUGAAAAAGGAAGUUGAAGAGUAUGUGCAAGCAUACACUCUCUACUAUAAUUCAUUACCAGAGGAAGAACGAAGUGAGGAAAAAUCACCAGAGGAGGCUCUAGCCGUUUAUAAU